AUGGGAGUGGUAGACCUCCCAGAAUAUUUAGCUUCAGCCUACCCGUUCAACACAUGGUUGUCCAUUUAUAAGCUAAGGGAGUCUCUUGCCUUGGUUGAAUAUAGUAGCGGGGUUUGUGUUGUAUGGGUGAUGGAAUCUGGUGUUGUAAAUAAUUUUACAAGGCUAUACACCAUUAGGGCAUCACAUGGGCCAAAAAUGAUAUUGGGAUUUAGAGAAAGUGGCAAACCUAUAAUGGAAGUGAAAGAUCAUCUUAUUGGACGUGGUACACUUGUUGUCUAUGAUCCAAACUUAGAAAAAUUCAAUGACCUUGAGAUUUGUGGAACAGGUGAUUUUUUGUUUGUGAAUUCAUACAUGGAAACUCUACUUUUGCAUGAUCGGUCGGAUUGUAGUAGCAAUUGA